AUGGCAAAGCCUUCUAAAAAGAAACAACAGACCCUGGAAGCGACCUUAGGUACGUUUCUCUCUUCCUCCAAAGAAAAAAUCGCUAAUAUUUUCCCCGCAGGUCGUCCAAGAGUCAAGCCUGCCGUGAUAACCCCCAGAAAAGCAACUCCAACCAAGGGCUCGCCAUCCAAGAAUAGCGUGAUCGCCAUGCCACCACCUCCUUCCGCUGCCGCAAGCAGCUCUUCUCCAGGUGGAAACUUUAUGACUUCCUCCCAGGUCAUACUCAGCAGCGCAAAGAAGACAAGGUCAAGACCGUCGCUCGCCUACCCCAAGGAGCUCGACCAGUCUUCGUCUGCGACCGAGGAUGAGCCGCCUGUCAGCUCAACCAGGCAAACGUCCAAAGGGAAGGAGAAGGCCAUCGUCAUCAGUGAGGACGAUGACGAUGACGAGGAUGAACGGCCCACCAAGCGGGGAAAAUCUCGUGGCAAGCCAGCUUCCAUCUCUUCGUCGUCAGCAUCUCCAAGCCCCGUGAAGGAAUCUACCCCGAAACAAAAGCAGCAAGCUCCAGCGGAUUCGGACGAGGAGUCAGACGAUUUGCCUAUCGUGACGCCCGUUUCAUCACGUGUCAACAGGAAGAGGCGGCUUGCGGUUGAUAGCGAUGAUUCAGACGACAUGCCUUUGGUCUCCUCGCCCGUGAAGAAGCGGAGAUUGAUCCGUAGGGGCUCUUCACCGGUAAAACAGCAACAGAGCGACUCUGAUGAAGAAGAGGUCGUUGCACCUACCCCGAGACUGCGGUCUUCACAAACCCCACGAAAGCCUCUUUCGGCGAAGGAAAAGGCGCGAGAGAUGCUUCGUCGGCGACGUGCCGGUGAGAUGAUCGUUGAGGAGGACGGGGAGGAGGAAGAGGACGAAGAGGAAGAUGUAGAGCCACGCAAGGCGCUCUACGAUACAGAUUCCGACCACCUCGCGCUUUCAGAAUUCGAGGAUGAAGAAGACGAACAACAAAACGAAGUCGAGGCCCCCGAACCGUCAGAGCCUGACGGCAAAAAGAAGAGGAAAAAAGACAAGAAAAAGAAAAAGAAGAAGCUCAAAGCUCUCAAGGGCGACUCCGACGACGAGGGCACCGAAGCCGAAGCCGAAGACCUCGAUGACUUUGUGGUGGAAGACGAUAGCGACGAACCCAUGGGUGCCCCGGACGACCUGAUGCAAAUGCCCCUCCAAUUCACCCACCACGCCCGCAAGAAGCUCAUCGAGCACUUCCGGGACGUUGUGGAGUGGCUAGUCCAAAACAAGAUCAACCCCGGAUUCGCCGAAAAGACCGCCGAGCUCUACCGCAUCGGCUGGCAGAAACUCGACGACGAGGUCAGAGCGCUCGCCAGCUCAAAAUUCACCUCGUCAGCGUGGAAGCCUGACUUUUACAAAGCCUUGCGUGCCAGGCCGCAGUACACUUCCAUCGAAGUCGGCGCUUCAGCUCACGAGACAGUCUUUGGAUCCAACUGCGAGGCGUGCGGCCGGUCAGGUCACCCAGCAACGUGGACGAUUUCCUUUUCUGGCACCCCCUAUGUUAAACGUUUUGGGAUGGACUUUCUCCACCCGAUUGAGCCGCCGAGUGACUGUGAUUCCUCCUCCCAGUCCCAAUCCGAAUCUUACGACGUGGACGAAGACGGGAACACCAUCCCCCCCGAAGAGAAGACGUUUUACGUCGGGGUGGUGUGCAACGGCAACGCGGAGAUUGCGCACACGUUGAUACACUGGAAGCAUGGGCUGCAGGAUUGGGUGGAGAGCCAGCUGAUGGCGGAGGGGUGGAUGCAGCCUGCGAGGUUGGCGGAGAGGGAGAAGAUGAAGCUGAAGAGGAAGUAUAAGCUGGUGGAUAAGAUUGUGGAGAGGUGGGUGGAGGGG